AUGGGAGAGGGAGGGGGUGGGCAAGGGGACGAGGGGAGGGGGAGUGGGUGGUGGGACAAGGGGGAGGGGGCGGCAGGACGAGGGGGAGAGGGAGGGGGUUGGCGGACUGGGGGAGAGGGGGAGUGGAUGGCGAGGGAGAAGGGGGAGGGGGAGGGGGCUCGGCAGACCGAGGAGGAGGGGGGAGUGGGCGGUGAGGGGAGGAGGGGGAGGGGGCAGGGGAGGUGGCUCGACGGACGAGGGGGAGGGGGAGGGGGCUGGGCGGAUGGGGGGGAGGGGGGCCGGCGAGGGAGAAGAGGAGGGGGAGGGGCUGGGCAGAUGAAGGGGAGACAAAGAGGGGGAAGGGGCAGAGGGACGAGGGGGAGGGGGAGGGGGCAGAGGGGACAGACUGAGGGUGAAGGGGAGUGGGCAGUGAGGGGAGGAGGGGGAGGGGGCUGGGCGGAUGGGGGGGAGGGGGCCGGUGAGGGAGAAGACGAGGGGGAGGGGCAGGGCGAGUGA